UCCAUUCUCGUCUUCUAAGGUGAAGGUCAUUCAAGAUAUAUCGCGGGAACAUGUCUAUCUAUUUAAACACAUCAUCUGUUCCAGGAGUAUUGGAAGAUUCAUGUCAUUUGAUGCCAUUUGAUGUUGAACAUGAUGGAAGUGCGAAUGUAUCUUCCUACUUUACGACAACAAUUCGGGAAGAACGAGAAGGCCCGACGGCAUCCUUCCGAGGUAGACCAUUAAACGGACAACAUUUCACUUUACCGAUCGGAUAUUCAGGUAUUGUAGUGAAGGAGAACAGAAAGCCAGUGACAGAAGAUGAGGAUCGUGAACUCAACAUCACCCACCGAUUCCAAAAGAUGACAUAUUGGAAUUUAGACAAGCUGCCAAGUGCUGAUGACCGCUUUACACAAGCAAUGCAGUGGGCAGAUAUAGCUAAAGCACUUCACCGUCCUGUGGAUGAAGAGAGCAGUCAGAAGAGUGUGACAGGGAAAUAGUACUGAGCUUGGUGAUUCACUGCAAGGGCAAAACUAGACUUGAAUCUACACCACUGAUGAUGCGCUGAUACCAUUCAUUUGAGGAGAGUUGGUACAUGCUGUUAUUGCAGAUAUCAGUGAUGGUAUUUUACUUAUAACCAUCAGCAUGGUAUGACAGUAGUACUUUUGAAGUAUCAGUUCUUCCAAUUGGUCGAUACCAUGAGGAAAUGCUUUUGCCCACAGUGCUUUUUGGACUACUUCAGUCCAUGGAACAUGUCUGUGUAAUCUAUUACUCUUCACUACUUGUGGCCAACUGAUGGCUCAGGUUAUAUAUCAGAUAAUGUAUAUGUGAAACAUAAGGGUGAUUGUUCAUGGACAUGUAUGUUCUACAUGCAAGCCGUGGAAUACACCAUGGGUAUCUGUGUCAUGGUGGAUGCAAUAAACUACAGAUAAUAAAGAAAGCAUGAUCAAUGCA